CGCUAGCGCUUCUGGGGCAAGUCCAUCCGAUCUCAUCGACGGAGUGGGUGUUUGUGAUGGCAGAUCCACCUUCUUAUCAGGCUGUGGCUGCCGUGUUAGGUAGCUCAAGUGAGACGUGGCAAAGCUACAAAUAUUCGGCUCGACCGUCUUUUCAACCCAUAUUUGCCUGUUGCAGCGUGUGUAAUAAGACCGUAACCUCAAGAUGUCUGCUGAAAUCUCCAGCGACGCAGCACAGCAAGCCGCCAAGGCUGUGGCUUCGCAUCCACUUGCACCGCUAUCGGCUUCAGAGAUCACAGCUGCGGCAUCGAUAGUCAAGGCUUCGUGGCCGGCCCCCACGAAUUUGCAUUUCAAGGUUGUUACAUUGCAGGAGCCACCAAAGGCUGAGGUUCUGCGAUAUCUGGAGGCCGAGCAUGCUGGCAAAUCACGACCAGCGGUCAGCAGGAAAGCGUUCCUGAACUACUACAUUCGCAACACAAACAAAUUCCACGAAGCAAUCGUCGACCUCACAUCACGGUGCGUUGAGCGCAAUGUACUUCUCGGACCGUUUGUGCACGCGAACGGCGAUGGCGAUGAGAUCGUUGCGAUUGAGAAGAUUGUCCUCGCUGACGAAGGCGUUCAAGCCGAGAUUGCAAAAUUGCAGCUACCAGAGGGCACCACUGUGAUUUCUGACCCGUGGAUCUACGGCAGCGAUGGUGUCAACGACGAAGACAGGCUAUACCAGUGCUUCUUGUACCUCCGAGAUCCUGCCAAUUCAUUGGAAGCGGACUCUAAUCACUAUGCUAUGCCGAUUCCCAUCUCGCCAGUGCUCAGCACUGAGACCAUGAAGGUCAUCCGGAUCGAUAUCAUGCCCACUGGAGCCGACAAGACCAUCAAGCCAAUCGAGAAGUACAAGGUGCAGCCACCAAACGAGUAUAUCCCAGAAGCGCAGACGCUGCGGACUGACUUGAAGCCAUUGAACGUGGUCCAGGCUGAGGGCGCGAGCUUCCAGGUCGCUCAGGAAGGCACUUCGAGUGUCUUGUCGUGGCAAAAGUGGAAGUUCAGAGUCGGCUUCAACCAGCGAGAGGGCAUGGUCCUGUACGAUGUGCGGUACGACAGCCGACCACUCUUCUACCGACUGAGUUUGAGCGACAUGAAUAUUCCGUAUGCGGAUCCUCGGGCUCCUUUCCACAAGAAAUCCGCUUUCGAUUUGGGCGACGCCGGCGCUGGGAUCAUGGCGAACAACCUCAAGCUUGGGUGCGACUGCUUGGGAUCGAUCUACUACCUCAGCUCUGUUCUCUCAGACGACAAGGGCGGUGUCGUUGACAUGCCAAACGUUGUGUGUAUCCACGAGCAAGAUGCUGGAAUCGGGUGGAAGCACACCAACUACCGCACAGGGCGGGCAGCGGUGGUUCGAUCCCGCGAGCUGGUGUUGCAGUCAAUCAUCACCGUGUCGAACUACGAGUACAUUCUCGCCUUCGUCUUCAACCAGGCUGGAGAAGUCACGUACGAGAUCCGCGCCACAGGCAUCCUCAGCACGCAGCCCAUUGACGAGGGCGUCGAGGUUCCCUUCGGCACCGUCGUGCAUCCCGGCGUGCUCGCAGUCCACCACCAGCACAUCUUCUCGCUGCGCGUCGACCCGAUGAUCGACGGCUACUCCAACCGGCUCGUCUACGACGAAGCCUUCCCGAUGCCGCGCUCCGACCUGAACCCCCACGGCACCGGGUACUACGUGCAAGAAACCAUUGUCGACAAGUCCGGCGGCUACGACACGGCGCACGAGCACAACCGCACCUUCAAGAUCCAGAACGCGGCCGUGCGCAACCCCAUCAACGGCAAGCCCGUCGCGUACAAGAUCCAAGCCCCGCCGUUCCAGAAGAUCCUCUCGGACAAGGACAGCUUUAACUACAAGCGCGCCGAGUUCUCAGACCACGACGUGUACGUCGUGGCACACCGCGACGGCGAGCUGUACGCGGGCGGGCAGUACACGAAUCAGAGCCGCGGCGGGACGGGCGUGCGGUCGUGGGCGCAGCGGGGGGAGAACGUACGGGACGCGGAUCUCGUGUUGUACGUGCAGGCGGGCAUCAACCACGUGCCGCGCAUCGAGGAUUUCCCCGUCAUGCCGUGCGAGAUCCUGAGGAUUCACAUGAAGCCGGUGAAUUUCUUCGACAGGAAUCCUGCGCUCGAUGUCCCGCCCAGUGAGCAGGGGUUCAAUCAGAGCAGCCUCUUGAGCGAGCAGCAUCAGCAGCCCAGCGUGGAGGCGAAGAUUGGGCAGGAUGGGACGUGUUGCGAGCCUAAGUUGUAGUCUGGUGGGUAGGGAGGUUGUGGUCAGGCGGUCAAGGAUGUAUACUUUGGUCUUGGAUCUCGAGUUGUGUAGCUGUCUUGACGACGUGGAGUGCGUUGGACAUUUCACUACUUGGUAACGUCCAACAACACAGACAAUCGGAUUGAUGUUCAUGCA